UAUACAAGUGGCUUCAUAUAAUCAAUUUUUUUUACCUUUUGCACACAGCGAUUAACAGUUACGACUUUUUAAGUAGCCCAACAGUAUGUCUGAAAAUUUACAAGUAUCAAUAAAUGUUGAAUACUGCGGAACUUGUGGUCACUUGAAACAAUUCGUCGAAUUGGCUCAAAAAAUUAAGGAGUCUGUACCAGAAGCAAAAGUUAGUGGGAUACCAGGAAGACAAGCUUCCUUCGAAGUACAAGUAAAUGAUGAACUAGUCUAUUCAAAACUGCAAACAAUGGCUUUUCCAGACUUUAACGAAGUCACCAACAUGGUAAAGGACGUAUCUGAAGGAAAACCAGUCUUAAAAAUACAAAAACAGCAGCCAAUUGACUGUAUAAUUUCUUAGCUAUUUACUUUUUCUAUUUAUUAUUUGUCAAAUUUUUUACUUUUAUUCGUUCCAAUAGAUUUAAGUAUAAAUUUUCGUAAUAAGAAUAUACCUUUGUGUAUUGCAAAGUUGCAUAUAUUUUUCGAAAAACAUAGAGUCGAGUUAUAAUGUAC